ACACAUACACACAUACCAGAAAAACCCAUUUGGCAAUUGGAGAGCGACAACGCUUUUUAUCUCCGGCGACAGAUAGCGAUUCCCAAAGAUGUCACAGAUCUAUCAGAAAUCGGAGGUCGCAGAACGCAACGGCAAGAACGGGCAGCCCGUGUGGAUCAUCUACAAAGGCAACGUCUACGAUGUGACAUCAUUUGUGGAGAGGCAUCCAGGCGGCGAUGAGCUCAUACUCGAGGUGGCGGGCAAGGAUGCAACGAAGGCGUUCAACAGUGCCGGACACUCCUCGGAUGCAGUGCAGCAGCUCAAAGAGUUCAAAAUCGGUGAAGUGGCCAUCGAUGCACAGCCCAAGCCGCAAUCGGGACAAAAAUCAGCCGGACUCCAACAGCAGCAGCCGCUGCCGGAGCCAAAGCCGGCGGAAAAGUCCUCGAAUAGUUUCCUCUGCUGCUGCUAGGUUUCAGAGCUUCACAGCUGCCAUUAGGUAUUCGUUUUUGUUUUAAUUGUUAACAUAGUUCAGGUCGUUUUAGUGUAUUAUUACUGUAGAUAACUAGAGCUCAACCAGUCAUUAACUAAUAUAAGAUCAACUCUCUACUUUGCGUAGCGCAAAUGUAAAUAAACUUUCCAUUAAGGUUGCCUUUUCUA